AUGCGAGAUGGCGGUGGAAAAAGGAACGACGGUGGUGAAGUCGCAAGAGGUGGAGACGAGCAACUCAUAUCUGGUUGGAGGAGCCAAGCUGGAGAAGAUCCAUUGUCGAAGGCAAACACGACGGUGAACUUACCUUGGUUAUUUGAACUGGAAGAGUUAUUCUAG